AAAUUGAAAAGCUGAAUCCCGAUCCUGGCAGGAGCAGCAGUGCUGGCGGGGAGGUGGGCUGAGCGGCGCCCCGAGGAAGCGCAUUACGUAGGCAAGCGGCUCCGCUCAAGUUGCCACCUGCGCCGAGAGCCCCGCACCGCCAUGGACUGCUGCAACGAGGGCGCCUGCACGAAGCUGGAUGAGGACAUCAUGGACAUCCCCCUGGACGACCCCGACGCCAACGCGGCGGCGGCCAAGAUCCAGGCCAGCUUCCGCGGGCACAUGACCCGCAAGAAGAUCAAGGGGGGGGAGAUGGAGCGGAAAGCCAAGGACGCCGAGUGCGCCAACAGCACCCGCGGCGGAGACCUCCGCAACGGCGACUAGGCCCUGCCGGACUCCCCCUGCCGAGCCCCCCCGCCGCCGAGGAGCCCCUGCUUCUCCCCAUACCAGCCCAGCAUGCGUCCCCCCCCUCACCCACCCCAGCCCCAAUAAAGGUCCCUGCCAGCGGCCGCGCUGUCCUUGGCGCCGAGGGGACAUCGCAGCGUCGCUCAGUGGGGGUGAGAGCUGUGACGUGCAGGUGGACGGCCUGGUGUCACCGAUCGCAGCCAUGCCCAGUGUGAUGUCACACAUCUGUACAAUGCCACGUGUGACAUCGCUGCUGGACACGGGGGGCUGUCGUGAUGUCACACCACGUGUGUGGCACGGUGUGAUGGCACUGGUGGGAGCUGGUGCUGCUGUGACAUCACUGAUGGGCGCGUGGCGGCCGGUGUGACAUCAUCUGAGAGGGUGUGACAUCACCGAGGGACCUGGGACAGCCAGCCCAGGUCGUACAGCACGAGGCAGCCCCCCGGGGGCACACUGCGACCCUGUGCCACCAGGCACAGCGCUGGGACAUCGCGAUGGGGGGCGUGAUGGGGCACCCUGAAGGUUCCCCGUGCGACGUCACACAGCCACGUGACGUCACCCUGAGGGACACAGGGCCACCAACCCGCCGCACCCUCACAAAGUCACCCAAAAGCAAUUUUAA